UACUGCUAUAGCCGCCUCAGUUCCCCACUAAUCGCUUUCGCGUUAGGGCGUCGAAUCGCUAGCGUGCAGUCGACGGUCCUUUGUUUACAUCUUGCGCCCCUUUGUGUCCGCCACCGCGCAAUGGCACCGUGCUCUUUGUUAUUGUGUAGUUAACCAGUGACAGUGAUUUUGUUAAAAUGGUUAUCGAUACUCAGUCGGAGACCACCUCGUCGUCCAUAGCUGAAGAUGUAAAUAUUACCUUCCAAGAGAUCGGUUAUAAAGUGCGACACAGCCUUUUCCCUGGAGGACGCAAGACAAUACUGAACGGAGUCAGUGGACAAUUCAAUGCCGGCGAGUUGAGUGUUAUCAUAGGACAAUCAGGCGCAGGAAAGAGCACUUUGAUAGACAUCCUUGCAGGAUACACAAAGCCAACAAGCGGCACAAUUUGCGUGAAUGGUCAAAUAAGGAAUGAGAAGCUGUUCAGGCGUCGCUCGUGUUACAUACUCCAAGAUGACCAGGUGCAGAACAUGCUCACUAUCGAGGAAUCCCUACACUUCGCUGCGGAGCUCAAACUGGGAAACCAUAUCAAUACGCAACAAAAAUUGAAAAGGGUGGAAGAAAUAAUAACAUCGCUCGGUGUAAGCAGAGUGAGGAACACGCGGGCUGGCAGUCUGUCUGGCGGUCAGAAGAAGAGGCUGGCGAUUGGUCUGGAACUAGUCAACGAUCCGCCUGUUAUGUUUUUAGAUGAACCUACUAGUGGUCUCGACAGCUCCACAACCAAGCAACUAAUCUACCUUCUCCACCUAUUGGCGCGGCAGGGUCGGACCGUUGUGAUCUCUAUGCACCAACCCUCAGCAACCCUGCUAGACAUGGUGGACAGGUUAUACGCCAUAGUUGGAGGCAGGUGUGGCUAUAUGGGCGCUGUGCAGCUGCUCGUCCCGUUCCUAGAAGAAAUUAAUCUUAUUUGCCCCCCAUAUCAUAACCCAGUUGACUUCUUCAUUGAAAUAUGCGGAGGCCACGAAAAUGAUUUAGAGAGACACUCGCAAAAUGGCAAAAAUAGUCAAUGGAUAAAUAAUAUAUCUAAUGAGACUGACAGUAAAUUACUAUGUUUAGAUUAUAAAAUUAACAAAGGUGACGAAAUUUGCCUGACAACAUUACCUCCUCCAAAAGAAGAUCCUACUAAUAAAAUUUUAUUAGCAUUAAAAAGCACAUAUCCGACUUCAUCUAUCAACCAAUUCGCAAUUCUAACUCGGAGAGCAUUAUUGACAAUAUGGCGUGACCCGUCGUUCACACUGAUGAAUGUAGGAAUUCACUGCACGAUGGCCUUGUUCGUCGGCAUUUUGUUCUUCAAUGUCGGCAAAGACGCCAAAUACGUGAGGGACAACUUCAACUUCCUCUACUAUAGCCUUAUGUUUCUAAUGUUCACUGCGUUCAGUGGAGUUACUGUUCGAUUUCCAGAGCAAGUGCCAAUAGUGAGACGGGAGCAUUUCAACCGAUGGUAUAACACAGGGGCGUACUACGCGUCGACCCUCGCCUCCAUACUGCCCACGCAGACUGUAUGCACGUUGACGUUCUGCUGCAUUACCUAUGUCAUGACGGGUCAGCCAGCUGAGGUGCUGCGAUUCAUGACGUACUGCACCACUUUAGUUCUGGUCUCCUAUAUAGCUGUGUGUGUCGGACUCUUUAAUGGUUCUCUGUUUAAUAUAAAGAAUGCAGUGAUCUUCGGUCCAUUCUUCAUAACGCCGUUCACGAUAUUCUCCGGGUUCUUCCUCAGAUAUAGCGACGCACCUUUCAUAUUCAGAUGGCUGUUCCACAUAUCAUUCCUUAAACACGGCCUGGUUGGUCUGGUGAUAUCUAUUUUCGGAAUGAACCGCCCGAAACUUGUUUGCACCGACAUCUAUUGUCACUAUUCAAAACCGACGCAAUUUUUGAAAGACAAUGGCAUGCUAGACGAGAAGUUUUCUGUUGCGAUAGGAGCGCUAGGUGCUAUAGGCGUAACAGUAAUCACUCUCACAUACAUUGUCCUAAAAAUACGGCUUAAAUUCAAGUGGUAAAUAUUAGACCAUAACAGAAAAUUUUAGAAGUAGCCAAUUGCAAUAAAUGUGUAAAUUACAAGGGAUCAAAUUAAAGUAUGUAUAAUGCGCUCAAUUUUAAAAUAUUGCAACGAGAUGUUCAAAUUAUGCUGCUAAUACGAGAUCGAAGUAAAGAACAAUAUAAAACAGUGUUAUAUAAGACAUUCCAAAGAAUAUUUUCUAUAUUUUGUUUAAGUACUUUUAAGGGUUGCUUGGGAACCUUUGUUUUAAUCAGAAGUGAA